AUGAAGAAUUCUGGAGUUGGGCACAACAAACCUUCAUUGUCAUUAAAAGGCAACAUUUCGAGAAAUUGGGAGAAUUGGAUUGUCAAUUUUAAAAUUUACUUGAGAGCCAGUGGGUUGGAAGAUGAAAAUGAGAAUAGGAAGGUGAGAAAUUUUCCGCCAGUUCAGCGAGCUGCAAUACCCAGUCCUGAAAAAUGGAAUUCCAAGUCACGUUGGAGAAGUGUAAACGUAGAAUCGAGAAAAAAUAUUAAAAGAAAGCGAAAAAGAGACCUAGGUCUAUCAUACAUCAACAAAAAAGGAAACGAAAUAGAAAACAGAAUACUGGGAUCACCAUGUCGAUGCAAGAAAAACUGCCGACAAAAGUUACAAGGAAAAGAAGAAGAAAUAUUCCACUCGUUUUGGAAUAUGGGUAACUAUGACCUUCAAAAUGCGUAUCUUUUUUCUUCUAUAAAGUCAACAUAUCCCAAAAGAAGAUACAGAAAAAAAACUAAAAAAGAAGUAUCUGGCAGAAAGUGUACAAUUUUGUACCACAUCAAAGUUAAUGGUGAAGAUAUAACUGUUUGCAAAGCAGGAUUUUUUGCAGUAUACGGGUUAUAA